UGCCCCCUCCCCUCACUUUUCCUCCUGCUCCAGCUCCCCUCCCUUUCUGUCUCUUGCUGCAUCCCUAGCUCAAAAAGAAGAGCAUCUCGACAUCACUUAACACCAAGUCACCUUCCUUUUUCCAGUUUGCUCUUCUUUCUUCAUUCUCCAUCUUUCUGUCCUCAAUCUGACCAAAUUCAGCAACGUGAUGGAUAACACAAUGUCAGCCUAUUCUGAAAAGCUAAAGGAGAUGUCAAUGCUGUCUCUCCUGUGCUCCUGCCUAAAUUCUAAGCCUCAACAUCAAACCAUCAGCCACUUUGAGGACAUGGAGGUAAAGUCCCUGAAUAAGCGAACAUCUGGCCAGUCUUUUGAGAUCAUCCUGAAUAGUCCCACUGAUUUAUCGCCAGACAAGCCUCAGAGUCUGUACCUGACAUCCCAUAGGAAGGAGCCCUCACUGGAAAACCUGCAGAAAAAACUGGAUGCUGCAGAGGAAAGAAGAAAAAGUCUAGAGAAGCAGGUUUUGAAGCAGCUGUCAGAAAAGCGAGAGCAUGAGAGGGAGGUUCUUAAUAAGGCCCAUGAGGUUAAUAACAACUACAGCAGAAUGGCAGAGGAGAAGCUCAAUCACAAAAUGGAAGUGAGCAGUGAGAAUCGCACUGCCCAUCUCAGUGCUCUAAAGCAGCGUCUGAGAGAAAAAGAGCUACAUGCCACAGAGGUGCGCCAGAAUAAGGAGCUGCAGUCUGGAUUCUCUGACUAAAGUAGACACUACAUCUUUCUAAGACCUACCAACCUUGCAUUCAAAAGAAAAAAUAAGCAUCUUACAGUCAUUUUACAUGCCUAAAUUGACAUUUAAAAUGCACUUUCUGGAAUACUCAUGCACAUCUGGUGGGAAAUAAAAAUCUAUAGAUCA